AAAGUGCAGGGUAAUAAAUAUCGCCAUUAGGGAUACUUGAACCAUGAAACGACCACCACCAGCGCCACCGCUUCAGUGUCCUCGCAAUGGCCAGCUCGUCGGUACGUCUGUUUUCCUCAGGCACUUUCGGCUCCGUGUGCCGUCAGGUCGCGGUAAGAUGCCAGAGUACAGCGGCGGCGGCGGCACCCGAACCAACUCCAGAGAAGAGAAUCAAGAAGUUUGCCGUGUACCGCUGGGACCCUGAGAAGGCCGGGGACAAGCCACACAUGCAGACCUAUGAGGUGGACCUGAAUGCGUGUGGCCCCAUGGUGCUGGACGCCCUACUCAAGAUCAAGAACGAGAUCGACCCUUCCCUCACCUUCCGCCGGUCCUGCAGGGAGGGCAUCUGUGGCUCCUGCAGUAUGAACAUUGGUGGCGUCAAUACUCUGGCUUGUAUCAGUAAGAUCGACUCCAACCUGAGCAAGGCCACCAAGAUCUACCCUCUGCCUCACAUGUACGUCAUCAAGGACUUGGUGCCGGACAUGAACAACUUCUAUGAGCAGUACCGAUCUAUCCAACCCUGGCUGCAGCGCGAGGAUGGCCUGCACCCCGGCGACCAGCAGUACCUCCAGUCUGUUGAUGACCGGAAGAAGCUGGAUGGUCUCUAUGAGUGUAUCCUGUGCGCCUGCUGCUCCACCUCCUGCCCUUCCUACUGGUGGAAUGGGGACAAGUACCUGGGGCCAGCCGUCUUAAUGCAAGCCUACCGCUGGAUCAUUGACUCCCGGGAUGAGCAUUCGGAGGAGAGGCUGAAGAGGCUGCGUGACCCCUUCUCUGUAUAUCGCUGCCACACCAUCAUGAACUGCACCAAGACUUGUCCUAAGGGGCUGAACCCAGGCCGGGCCAUUGCUGAGAUCAAGAAGCUGCUGUCUGGUAUUGCCAAGAAGGGGGAGCCAGGUCUGAAUGCAAUGGGUGCCAGCAACUAGCAUCCAUCAAGAGCAAUGCAAGCCAAGGUGUCCCGCUGAUAUUGGGUCAGUUAGUCAGUGUCUCAGUCUGUCUCUGUGGGUUUAUAAGUGUGUGAACUCAGCCAUUCCUAAAGUUUAUGAAGUGUUUAAGGCACCAAGGGCUGAACACAAGCUUGGUAGUAUUUGGUGCCUUUAAAGAGUUGAUAAACUAAGGAUUUGCUGUGUUUGUUCAGUUAUAAACACAUUUUCUCCGACUGUAGAACUCUCCCACUGUAGAUAGAUCAGUAAUUGGGCAAGUAUUCCUCUCCCUUGGUAGAUAUUGUAUUUCCCAAAGCACCUUCCGUCUGUAUUUGUCAAAACCCGGUUACUAUUCUUACUUGGAUUUGGAUUUCAAGGUUCAGUCAUCAGUUUAUCAUAACUUAUCGCGAGUGGAGCAAAUAUUUGUCCCUCAGUAGAUAUUCAACCUUGCAAAGCACCUUUUCGUCAAAACCCAGCUGCUAUUCUUACUUGGAUGUCAAUGACGAGGCUCACACAUCGUAAUUAAUCAAUUAUUGACAUACUGAUCACCUUUACAAAUCCAGGUGUUGCUAUUGCUUUGACUGGCUGAGGGCAUGAAGGGUUACUGUACUGCAGGUGUGUAGCACAGGUAGUAGUGCUUUCAUUACCUCUGUGAACACUGAAUGCAGGUGUUAUUGGUUCAAGUGAUACAGGUGAUGAGUCUGUAAUAAAUUUUAUGACUACAGGUGUGAAAUAUUUACCAGUUUUAAGUUGUAAGAAUUCAAAAGUUAAUUUAUUAUAAUUGCACUGAUACAGGUAAUAUCUUAUCAAUUACAUUUACAAGAACAGAUGUAAAGAAUUUGGUAAGUUUAACAUUUAAGAAUUAAAAGGUUAAUUCAUUAUAAUUCCACUGGUACAGGUAACAUUUUAUCAAUUACAUUUAUGAGAACAAGUGUGAAAAAUUUACUAGCAUUUCAUAAUCCCAGAACUUGUAAAGAAUGGCGAUGCAAGGCACAACUUAAGAAAUGACAACAAAACAAGUGUGAAAGACUUAACUAGCUUUUCAUAAUCCACAAAACUUGUAAGGUAAAAAAUUAAUCACAAGACAGAUGUGAGUAACGUACCAGCAUUUCAUUUACAAGGCACAGGUGAAGAAUUAAUCACAAAACGGCUCUAUGGCUCAUGUAAAUAGAUAAAAUGAGGCAGCCCCCACCAAUACAUUAUACAGCCUAGGAGGAAUGCACAGUGUCUCGGUGGUUGUGGUGGUGGUGGUGGUAGGCCAGUGGUGUCGUGUCCCUGAGAAGCUGCACUGCUGUUGUAUGGCUUAAUUUCAUGUACAGUUGUUUAUAUCUGAAUAAAGUCACACCAAGACUCA